GUUUAUUUUGGUAUACGUUGCAACGUCGAUUUAAUUUUAUUAAACUGACGAUUUGUCGGUCUGCAUCAAGCUUUUGUGAGGUUUCAUUUCUUCUUAUUAACAAGUUUGAUCGUUUUUAAAGUAUAUGACAUGGAUCGCCAUAGGGGAUCUGCCUAUCGGAGUCUUUCGUCAUCAAAUUACUCAUCAUCUGGUUAUGCUCCAAGAAAUUUUGAUAAUAACUAUCAUCGCAGAGGCCAAAGCAAUGAAAUCCCUCAUCUUGGUUGGUCAAGUGAAAGAGGUAGCCAUCCUGCAUCUAAGGAACAUGAAAGAUAUUCAUCGUCUGAGAGAGGUGCUAAGAGAAGAUAUGAACAUUCAGGAGACCAUAAAAAAUCAUAUAGCCAUCAUGGUCAUGACCAGGAACCUCAACGAAAGUAUCAACGUUCUAAUGGGAGCAACAGUUUUGAUGAUCGGAGUAAUCAGCUUCACCAUCGCUCGCAAUAUGAACAAAGCUCGUCGAGUAAUCGUGGCCGUAACUACACCUACGAAAACAGCCGACCAAGCAGUCAUGAUCAUGAUUCGAAUCUAUCUCAACGACGUGCUAAUGAAAACCGCCGGUAUCAGCAGCGUGGUGUUGGCUCCAGCGGUGGCCAUCGAGGAAGUGGAGGUUUUAUUUCAUCUCGAGGAAGAGGGCGUGGACGGGGAGCUAAUAGAAAUCACAAUGCUGGUUCGCAUUCCAAAAACAAAGACUAUCAAAGAGAAAAAAAUGAAAAUUCCCCAUCCCCAAACCGGCUGUCUAUAAAAGAAGAAGCUACAUGUGCUAGCGACGUUCCCUCGUUUUCACCUAGUCGUCAACCACCAGAAAACAAUCUUGAUGCAACGUCUAACAAAGUCGCCGUGGCUCGUUCGGAGAGCGACAAAUCAACGAGAGAACAAGAGGGUGAUGGACAUGAAAAGGCGAUUGAAAUUAAAUUGGAAAAGGACGAAGCCAUUGACGUAAGUAAAAAAAUGGACGAGGAUCAACUUUCUAGAACAGAAGAAGCUGAAAAAAAACCCGAGACCGAGAGAUCUCCGAAACGAAAGGGUACAUCUAAGGAGUUCCCAGAGCAUUUCAUCAGGUUGCAGUGCCCCCAUUGCAACCAACGAUCCGUUACAUUUAGAGAAUACAUUCUUCAUCUAUCGUCACCACGACAUGAAAAAUCUCUUGAAAAGAUUUCGCUGCAACAUCGAAUGUCGCUAGCCAAGUUGAGAACUCGACAGCGCAAAGAGCAGUUACAGAUCGAGGCUCAAACUUCUCGCUCAUCCCACAAAAGUCAGAUGAACUUCUGUGCCAUUUGUAAACUCUGUCACAGUGAAAGUCGUCCGAAUCAUGAAAUCACGGAAUUACAUAAGAUCAUCAAGAAUUUUCUAAUGCCCUAUUGUCCAAUAUGUCGAGUCAAUUUUAAGUCUCGAAUGCUGUAUGAGAAACACGUCGCUACUUUAUCGCACAUUAAGAAUAAGGUUAACAUGGAAAAGAGCUACGAACGCCGCCGUGAAGAAGAACGCAAACAUGAUAGGAACGGCUUUGAAAAGGAGGAAGUUAUAUUAGACUUGGAAAAUUUCAUGACGCUUGAUGCCGUUGGCAGCGUUGACGGUGACAAUGAUAAUGGGUUGUCGUUAGAGGAAACCGCUGUCGGUCAAGAGUGUGUGAAGAAAGUCGAGGCAUUUUUUUGUGACCUUUGUCAAAGAUAUUUAAGCCGAGUGGAACCUUUAGAGAAGGGUCUCGAGUUCCAUUGUCGUACACGGUCGCAUCACCGAGCCUACGAGGAACGUCAAAACAGCCACAAAGAACUCGAAGCUGGUGCCGAGUCGGAAGGAGCUGUAGAAAAAGAAGGAUUGAAGCGUUCAGAAAGCCAAGAACUUUUGCUAGUUGAAGCCGAAAAAGACAUUGGCGAAAUGUGUGAUCUCAUUGGCGAUGAAGACCGAACCGCAGAAGAAGAGAUCGGAGCCUUGAGAGAGAGUAGUGGGAAUGUCGAAGAACAAGCCCAUAAUGAAGAAAAUCCUGAAAACACCCUAACAACAAGUAAUGAUACAUGCGAACAGGACAACUCAUCCAUGAUUUAGGAAUGGAUCCGUACGUGUUCUUAAGAUAAAUUGUUAGCAUCCGCCUCGAGUUGAACUAUCGAUUCGAAGUCAUGCAAACACAUAAAAGGGCGUCACAUAUGUAUGCCAAAUGCCAUUUGUUCUUAUCUUCUAUUUUGGUUAGAAAUAAGCGCACACAGCCCAACAUUACUUCGAUUACAUGGAAGCGAAAUGGACUUAAACUCUGGUAAUUAGUUUUGAGCAGUUCACUCCCUUUGUUUAUGCGAAGUAAUGUAACGUUGUCAUUGAUGUACUUUUAAAUGACAUUAAAUUGAGAAUGGAACUCUGAAA